CCGGUCGAAAAUGUGCACGGACACCCGUAAUAACAAUAAAGUUUGGACUAUAGAGGAGCCUCGGUUAGAGCAGAAUACGACAGCUGACUACGACAAAGCUGUUGCGGAGACUGGAUUUGGGCUCUUCAACAUUUUGCUAUUGUUAGCCGCUGUGCCAGUCGGAUGGACCUGUAUCAUCGACACAACGAGUACUGCUUUUAUUAUAAAUUCGACGGAAUGUAUUUUCGAACUUACGAUGCUUCGAAGAGGCAUUGCCUUUGCAACUAUUUUCAUAGGAAUGGUCAUAUCUGGUCCAAUAUGGGACUUUUUUUUACAAGACUCUAUCACGGACUCUUUUGGGAAACGAAAUGUUAUGAUUGUUGGACUGUUGUUUGAUGCCAUGUGCAACGUUGUUUGGAUACAUACCAACUCGUACUACGUAUUUAUACUUCUAAAAUUUAUAAGUGGAAUCUUAAUCGCUGGUCCGUUGUCGGUAGUUAUGGCUUACCUUUCCGAGUUCCACGCUCAAAAGCAUCAGAAAGAAUUUGCCCGAUGGGCAGGUUUACUCGUUGGACUUUCCUAUAUAUUACCGGCCGCUCUGGCCGCUGUGCUGUUCUUACAAGAGCCGUGGAGUCAAUUGACAAUAUACAAUCACUUCUACCCAAGUUGGCGGGUGUAUCUGAUGAUAUGCGCUCUACCGUCCAUACUUGGAUUAGUGCUGCUGUGUUUAAUGCCAAAGAGCCCCAAACAUCUCAUGGCCCAAGGAAAACAUAAAGAGGCUCUUCGUCUCUUUCGCGUCAUGUAUUGCUUGAACCACUUCAAGGCCUCGUGUAACUAUCCGAUCACAGAGUUGUAUUCGUCUCGAAAAGAUGGAGAGACAAAAAUCAAGUUUAGAGAUAAAGUACGAGAAAGGGUUUCUAAUCUAAGAACAUUGUUUUCGGGACAACACGUCAAUACCAUAUCGUCUAUUUUAAUCCUUCAAUUCGGUAGUAUGUUGGGGUUCAAUGUCAUGAGGCUUUGGGUGCCACCGUUGUUCGUCAUGUUAAAUAACUUUCGAGUACUGCUGCGCUCUCACUACCCAAAAGAUGAGUUUAUAACUAUGUGCGGCAUGAUAUUUCCUCGAUGCCGUACAAUUGAUCGCUCGUCAUGUAACUACACCACGCCAAGCGUAGAGUCCGCUGUGUAUGUCAACUCGACCAUAAUCGCAACGUCAGCCGUUUUCUUUGGUUUUCUCUUUUCGUUUAUAUUCACCACGAAAAUAAGGAGGAUAAUUCAAAUAACUUUUUUAUUUUUACUAGCGACUAUUGGAGCUUUUGCGGCAAACUGGGUAGUGAAAAUACCGUACAUGCUUGCGGCACUUGCAUUUGUCAUUGUUGGCUGUCGAAUCGCGAGCAAUCACAUAUUAGCGCAUACUUCGGAAGUUAUACCUCAACCCUUAAGGCCAACUGCCAAUAGUAUGAUUAAUUUCAUCGGUAAUAUGGGUGCAGCUGUAGGAAACAUAGAAUUUUUUUCAACCAUCGAAAUUGACUGUAUCAGUGCCUUUUUCAUAAUUGGAUUUGUAACUGCAGUGUGUGCUAUAUUGGUACCUAUUUUCUUGACAAGGCAGACACCUGUUAAAAUUAAAAAAAGCAGAAUCAGCUCUAAAUAUUGAAACGAAUUUUGAAAAUUCCAGUAUUUAACGAUUCAAAGUUUUUGAUAAAGUUGUGUGGUGCACAAUCGUCAAUUUAUCCGUCAUCUUAAUCAUUUGAUUUAAAAAAGCGUCUCUGAGAUAUUAAAGGCAAUUGAAUCGUUUGACUGGCGUAGAAAAAAUAUCACGCAAGAUCACGUUUGAAGAAAUGAAUCGUAACUAAGUAAACGAAUAGGUUACUCGUUUCUGGAAUAUACAGGAAUAUUUGAAAUAAUAUAAAAAAUGACGCAAGUUCUGUUCCUAUAGUAUUGCAAUUGCUAAGAAUUGUUUACUUUUAUAAAAGUAUUUUUAAGCUACGAAAAAUAAAAAUAGUUGUAACCAAUGCCGUUAAACAUUUUUAUUUUUUAUAAUGUAUAUUUUCAUACGAAUAAAAUAGGCUACAUUUUU